AUAUGGAUGGAACGUGUCCAUAGUUCUGACAUCGGUGACUCCAUAAAUCCACUAAAAUUCACCAGUUGGUGAAAAUUUAUUGGAAAAAUGGCUCAGAAGAUUGACGUUAGAUCUGAGGAAAUCUCUUGAAUUUGCAUUUGUUUGGAGGUACAUAUAUUGUUAUCUUAUGUAAUGAAAGAAAAUACAGCAUUUUUUAUAUUUACAGCAUUUUUCAUAUUUAAAACAUGUAUGACUUUUUUUUUUUUUUUGUGGAAUAAGAUUUUUUUCUUAAAUACAAUGAAUGUCAAUGGGGUCCAAACGUUAGUGGAACAUAUCAAUAGUUCUGCUAUGACAUCAAUGACUUCAUACAUCUACUAAAAUUCACUUUGGGUCCAGAAAAAAACAAAAAAACAAGCCUCAGAAAGGUGAUUUCCAGAAGAAAAUGCUUAUAUCGCAUCUUAGAAUGAAACAGAACACUGUAUGCUUUUGGAUAAAAUUGUGAAGUCUAUAGGUACAUCAUAUUGUUUAAAACACAAAGCAUAUACUGUGAUAUACUCAAUACCGAAAAGCAUUUUUGCUGACACAUUGAAUAUGACGACAUAAAAUACCAUCAAAGGCUAAAAUUCAUCACAGGAAACGCACCUACACCACUGCGAAUGCACGAACAGGCCUCUCUAUAUAAACUGCACUUACCACUGCAAAUGUAGAACAGCUAGGCAUAGGACUGACAGAAGACAUCUGAAAAGAUAAAGUCAAAACCUUGAGACAAAUGAAUGCAACAAUGUCAUCAGCGUUAAACAUCCAGGUCCUCGUGGUGGCUUGUAUGAUGGGGCUCGUUUUAAUAUCAUUUGGAGCUGAGGGGGCACCUUCGAAGCAUCUUCCGAAGAAAGGAAGCGGCCACCACAGGUCAUCAGAUGAAUCGGAUCCAUCUUCAUCAUACCGGUUGAUCUUGGAUUCUGAGUUUAAGGCGGCCAAACCGAUCCGUCCAUUAAACAACGACUCCAUCUCUCCAUGGACCUACACGUUUACGCAUGACGAGAACCUGUACCCUUCUAGCAUCGCAGAGGCGAAGUGUUCGCUGACUGGAUGUUUGAUCGAUGGCAGUGAGGAUUACCUGUCCCAACCUAUUUACACCCAAAUCAUGGUCUUGAGGAGAAUUCGAGGAGAAAAGCACAACUAUUCCUUUAGAAUUGAGUACAAAACCAUCGCAGUGGGAUGCACCUGCAUUCGUCCAUAUGUAGAACACGUUUAAAACGAGGAAUCUAAUGGAGUUACAGAUCUACUGAUGUGACAGUAUUACUAUUCUAAAACUUAAGGCUUAAGACUUAAGACUUUAUAAUUUAUUUAUAUAAUCACAUAUGUACGUGUUCGCAAAUGUAGGAUAUUUAUUUAUUUCAACUGUAUUUUUGGAUUUAUAUAUUUGAGAUUUAUUUGAUUUUUUUUUUGCUUUAUUUUGAUAUUAAAACAUUUCUGAAGAA